AUGUCCGACUUUGGCCUUUUGCGAUCUCCAUUGACGCCUUCGAACGCUUCCAUCAAUCGGGCCAGCUCCCCUUCUGGAAAUCGUCCGAUCACCAUGAAUCCGCACAGCCGCUACUCGCUCGGCAAGGGCGCUUCCACCGAGCACAUGAUGCGCCUCGCUCAACAAGGCAACGCUGGCCACGACGGCGCCAUUCGCAGCCCGUCCAUGGGCGGUACUGCUCCCAUGCCUGGCGCGACUGGCUCGCGCAACCUGCGUCCCAGCUCCGAGAUGUUGCCCAACAUGAAUCACCACGGCACUCCGGAAACCGAAGCGAUCGACCGCUGGUUCGAGGAUCUGCAGCACUACGAAGCUACUCUUGAAGAGAUGGCCGCCGCUUCCCUCGAUCAGAACUUCAAGGAAGAGCUCAGCGCCAUUGAACAGUGGUUCCGCGUACUCUCGGAGGCAGAACGCACCGCCGCCCUCUACAGCCUUCUGCAGGAGUCGACGCAGGUCCAGAUCCGCUUCUUCAUCACCGUCCUCCAGCAAAUGGCCCGCAGCGACCCCGUCUCUGCCUUGCUCUCCCCGAGCCACCGCAACAGCUCCAUGGCCGACCAAAUGGAGGCAAAGCUUGCCAGCCUCGGCCUCAAGUCGCCUUCCGCCAAUAAAGAUCCCGCUUCGCCAGGCGCCCGCGGCUACCGUCAGUCUUCGGAUGCUGCCGGCUUCCUGUCGCCCAACGUCGCUGCCAUGUACAACGCCGGCAACAACGACGCUGCCUCUACGCUGGCUGCUCAGCGCGCCAAGCUCAAGGCCAACCGCACUUCGGCUCCAGGCACCCUGAUUGGCGAGAGCCGCAACUACUCGGGCGGCCAGCUGGACCAGGUGCAAGAGCGCGGUGGCUCGCCCAACCCGCAGCAGCAGCAGCAGCAGCAGCAGCAGCGCACGCUCUCGGGCGAUCUCUCCCGACCCAAGUCGACUGACUUCAGCAACAACAAUGUCGGACGGUCCCCGCGUGCCAGCGGUCCGCUCGACGACCAGCUCUCGCCCAUCAGCGCCACUGGCAACUGGUCGAGCAUGGUCAACACUCCGCUCGUGCCCAUGUUCACCGACAACGACAAGGCUGGCAUGGGCGACGCCAAUGUCAACCUCGAGACUGCCGCCGCCCAGCUGGCCAAUCUGCAACAGCAACAGCAGAUCGGUGGCAACGGCCGCGUGAUGGUGGACCCUGACAUGCCCAGGUACCGACGCAAGAGCAACCAGAACACGGGUGGCGCUGGUUACGGCCAGGGCUCCAACAUGUACGACCAGUCCAGCCCGGGCGUCUCGCCCAACAUUGCUAUGCAAUCUGGCUGGGGUCAAAGCGACAACUUUGGACGCGGCGGUCUCAACGCCGGCUCGUCUGCGUUUGGCGGCAGCAACAACAGCAACAACCAGUUCAACAUCCCUCCAAUGAGCCCCAACGCGCUCGCAGGGCUGCAGAGCCCUUCGGGUGGCCUGGCCAAUCCUCUCAACAUGCAAAUGAUGAACAUGAUGGCGGCCAUGGGCGGACUCAACCUGAACAACAUGAACGGCGCUCAGCUCCUCGCCAUGCAGCAGCAGCUCUUGCAAAACCAGCAGACGCUGUCGAUGCUCGCCCAGCAACAGCAAGUGCAGCAGCAUCAACAGCAGCAGCAGCACGGCCGCAACCUGCGCGCCUUUGGUGGAGGGGCGCUAUCUCCGGGUGUCGGAGGCCAGACUGGCCGAAAGAGCCCACGCAGCGGCACUUCACCUUCAGGAAGAGCAGCUGCAUUGCCUGGCGCAGCUGCUGCCGGCGGCGCGGGAGCCGCGGGUGGGAACGCCAACGCUGCGGGUGGCGAGGAGGAGAUCGCCGACCUGGCGACGCUCGAAGAUGUGCCCGCUUGGCUGCGCCAGCUGCGUCUGCACAAAUAUACCCCGAACUUCGAGACGAGCCACUGGAAGGAGAUGGUGGUCAUGGACGACAAGCAGCUCGAGGAUAAGGGCGUGGCGGCGUUGGGUGCCCGACGCAAGAUGCUCAAGACGUUUGAGCUGGUGCGCAAAAAGUACGGUAUCAAGAUGGAUGGCGAAGAGGAGCCGGGCUCGGGUGUGCCGGGCAGCCAGACUGAGAGGGAGGGCGAUGAUGCAGGGGAGCACAACGAUGCUCAGGAGGUGGAUCGCGAGCUUGGUGGCGCUGCUGCCACUGCUCCUGCUCCUAUCGCCAAGGAUUGA